AUGCAGACGGCCAGCGUCAUGACCAGCAGCCCGGAGCCCACCACCACGCACGCUUUGCUCUCGGAGCUGUCCCUGAACGCACCCACCCUGCAGCAGCGUCCCGGCUCCGACCUCCAGCCGCGAGGUCACCAUGGCGAGGCAGUAAAACAGGCCCAGGUCUCCCUCCUCCACGGGCUGGAUCCUCAGAGCCAGAGACCUGUAGGAGAUGUUACAGGUCAGCGAGGCGGCCGCGCCCAGCUGGACCUGCUGGACCUCUGCCGCCGCCACCAGCCGCAUCCAGAACCCGGCGGGGAGGAGGAAACCUGCAGGGGUCAAAGGAUGGCAGGAGUGUUUGACAUCGACUUGGAGACUGAGGACAUCAGCGACACAGAGGAGGAUGACUGUGCCUUCACUGUGGCAGAGCCUGACAAUGUUCAGACGGAGGAGGUGGAGCUGACCAGCGAGAGUGUGAACAGGGACAGCGAGCGAGUCGGACCCGACUGCUUUGAGCUGCUCACCGUUCUGGGAAAAGGAGCCUAUGGCAAGGUUUUCCAGGUCAGGAAGGUUCAGGGUGCUCAGACCGGGAAAAUAUUUGCCAUGAAAGUACUGAAAAAGGCUAAGAUCGUCUGCAACGCCAAAGACACGGCGCACACGCGAGCCGAGCGCGAGAUCCUGGAGACUGUGAGGCACCCGUUCAUCGUGGACCUGCUGUACGCCUUCCAGACCGGAGGAAAGCUCUACCUCAUCCUGGAGUGUCUGAGUGGGGGGGAGCUGUUCAUGCAGCUGGAGAAGGAGGGCAUCUUCUUGGAGGACACAGCCUGUUUCUACCUGGGAGAGAUCACAAUGGCUCUGGGUCACCUCCACUCCAACGGCAUCAUCUACAGAGACCUGAAACCCGAGAACAUAAUGCUCAAUCACCAAGGCCACAUCAAGCUGACCGACUUCGGGCUCUGUAAGGAGUCCAUCCACGACGGCAGCGUCACGCACACCUUCUGCGGCACCAUCGAAUACAUGGCCCCAGAGAUCCUGACCCGGUUGGGCCACAACAGAGCCGUGGACUGGUGGAGCCUGGGGGCGCUGAUGUACGACAUGAUGACCGGAUCGCCUCCUUUCACCGCCGAAAACAGGAAGAAGACCAUCGACAAGAUCCUGAAGUGUAAGAUCAACCUGCCGCCAUAUCUGACCAUCGAUGCCAGGGACCUCAUCAAGAAGCUGCUGAAGAAGAACCCGGCCCAGAGGCUGGGCUCCGGCCAGGCCGACGCCGCCGAUAUCCAGAAACACCCGUUCUUCAGACACAUCAACUGGGACGAGCUGCUGAGCAGAAGUGUGGAGCCGCCCUACAAGCCUCGGCUGGUGGGUCACGUGACGGGCCACCUGUCGGACGAGGACGUGAGUCAGUUCGACAGCCGCUUUACCCGCCAGACGCCGGUGGACAGCCCUGACGACAGCACGCUGAGCCACAGCGCCGAGCUGGCCUUCGCCGGCUUCACCUACGUGGCCCCGUCCGUGCUGGAGAGUCUGAAGGAGGGCUUCUCCUUCGAGCCCCGCUCACGCCCCGCCCGCCGCCACAACAGCAGCCCCCGCACGCCCAUCAGGUCGUUUCCUCUCAUUCGCUGUAACUUCUCUGUUUCUUCUCGUAGUCCCCUGAAGUUUUCUCCGGCCGGACCCUUUAAGACCUGCCUGGACGGUGAGCCGGAGCCCUUCUCCCCCCCGCCGGCGGCGGCCGCACCGCCUCAGAACUCGCUGGAGAACGGCGGCGCCAGCCAGCCAAUCAAAACGCCCGCCAGGAACAAGAAGAAGGGCCAUCGGAGAUGA